CCUCGGACAGCUCUGAACCCUCCUUUUGGCGCAUGCCUCUCAUUGCUCUUCUGCUCUCCAAGAUCGAAACGGGGAAUCGAAACUGCCUGAUGCCCAUGCAGCAGGAAUCUGCAUCCGCCGGAUCUCCGGGUCCCCAACAGGACCCCGCACUGCCCCACACGCCCACCAUGCCUCCCCCGGAGUCACUCUCCGAAGGCCACCAGCCCAACCCCAUCCACAGCCCCACAGAGCAAGCCACGGAGGAGGAGUUCCAGUUCCUACGAUGCCAGAGCUGCCAGAUAGAAGCCAAGUGCCCGAAGCUGCUGCCUUGUCUGCACACGCUGUGCUCAGGAUGCCUGGAGGCACCGGGAAUGCAGUGCCGCAUCUGCCAGGUGCCCUGGCUCUCAGGUGCUGAGGCGCCUGCCCUGGAUAACGUCUUCUUCGAGAGUCUCCAGCGACGCCUGGCGGUGCACCGGCAGAUUGUAGACGCGCAGGCAGUUUGCACCCGUUGCCAAGAGCCUGCCGACUUCUGGUGCUUCGAGUGCGAACAGCUUCUCUGCGCCAAAUGCUUCGAGGCGCAUCAGUGGUUCCUCAAGCACGAGUCUCAGCCGCUGUCAGAGCUCCGCAGCCAGUCGGUGCGCGAGUUCCUGGACGGCACGCGCAAGUCCAACAACAUCUUCUGCUCCAACCCCAACCACCGCACCCCUACGCUGACCAGCAUCUACUGUCGAGGCUGCUCCAAGCCGCUGUGCUGCUCGUGUGCACUCCUGGAUAGCGGUCACAGCGAGCUCAAGUGCGACAUCAACGCGGAGAUCCAGCAGCGGCAGGAGGAGCUGGACACCAUGAUACAGGAUCUGCGGGAGCAGGACCGCGCCUUCGGUGCGGCGCACGCGCAGAUGCGCUCGGCUGUCAGCCAGCUGGGCCGCGCGCGCGCAGACACCGAGGAGCUGAUCCGGGCGCGCGUGCGCCAGGUGGUGGCGCACCUGAUGGCGCAGGAGCGCCAGCUGCUAGAAGAGGUGAACGCGCGGUACCAGCGCGAGUACGGAGAGAUGGCCGCCCAGCUUAGCCGCCUGGACGCUGUGCUGCAGCGCAUCCGCAUGGGCGGCGCGCUCGUGCAGAGAAUGAAGCUCUACGCCUCGGACCAGGAGGUGCUGGACAUGCACGGUUUCCUGCGCGAGGCGCUCUGCCGCCUGCGCCAGGAGGAGCCGCAGAGCCAGCAGGUGUCUGUGCGCUCCGACAGCUUCGACGAAUUCAAGGUGCGUCUGCAGAACAUCACCGCUUGCAUCACCCAGGGGACAGAUGCAGCUCUACCCAGGACAGCCAGCCCAGAGGCUGCCAGCUCGCCCAGCGAUCCUACUGACAGUGACCUGACAGAGAAGGUGCAGAGGGCUCAGGCACAGGUCCCAGGGCUGGCUGAGACCCAGCCUGUGGCUAUGGUGCAGUCGGUGCCCGGGGCACACCCUGUGCCAGUAUACGCCUACUCCAUCAAAGACUCCUCCUUUAGAGAGGAGGUCUCCGACACAGUCAUACCACAGAAGAGGAAGUCCUGCCAGACCGAGGGUCCCAGGAAGGCCAUCAAGAUGGAGUCUGAGGACGAGAAGGAGGCGAGGUUGGCCCAGAGGUCCCCUGAGCAGCCCAGACCUAGCACCUCCAAGGCAGUCUCGCCACCCCACCUGGACGGGCGUCCCAGCCCUGAGAGCCCCACCACAGGGAGUGAGGACUUCCUGCCAAACAGCAACCAUGCGACCAGUGACCCCGGGGAGGCAGAGGAACGCAUUGUCGUGAUCAGCAGCUCAGAAGACUCUGAUGCCGAAGACUCGGUGAGUGGCCCAGAAGUUCGGCCCAGGACUCCUGCCUCCCCCGGUUCCAGGUCCCAGGGGGCGCAGCCACAGCAGUCUUCCCAAGAGCUGGAUGACAGCAGCAGCGAGUCCAGUGACCUCCAGCUGGAGGGCCCCAGACCCCUCAGGGUCCUGGACAACAGCCUCACCGACCCCCAAGCAGAAGACAGGCCUCUGGUUUUCUUUGACCUCAAGAUUGACAGUGAAACCCAGAAGAUUAGCCAGCUGGCCGCUGUGAACCAGGAAAGCGAGGUCGGCGCACUCACCCAGCCACGGGCCCUCUUCGGCUCCUGCUCCCAGGCUGAGGCUGUCUCACUGGAGGCGGGGCUGCAGCACUUCCUUGGCUUUCUGAGCUCCAUGCGCCGCCCCGUUUUGGUCUGCCAUCAGCUCUGGGGGCCCAGUCUCCCCAGCUUCUUCCAGGCCCUGGCAGACAUGGACAGGCUCUGGGAGUUCCAGGAGGCCAUCUCGGGCUUCCUGGCCGCUCUGCCUCUCAUCCGGGACCGCGUGCCCAGGGCCGGCAGCUUCAAACUCAAGAGUCUGGCCAAGACCUACCUGGCGAGAAACAUGAGUGACCGCAGCGCCCUGGCUGCUGUGCUGGCCCUGCGCGACCUGUGCCGCCUUCUGGAAGUCUCCCCGGGCCCCCGGCUGGGGCAGCACGUCUACUCCUUCAGCAGCCUGCACUGCUUUGCAUCCCUGCAGCCCCUGGUGCAGGCCGCCAUCCUGCCCCGGGCCUUGGCCCGCCUCCUGGCCCUCCACAACGUGAGCUUCAUGGAGCUGCUGACCGCACACCGCCGUGACCCGCAGCGGGGCUUGAAGAAGUACAGCCGCUACCUGAGCCUGCUGACCACCUCCUCGCCCCCUGCCCGGCCUGCUUCCAACCUGCAGGCCCUGAGCACCUACUUCGUAGGCCUGUUGGAGGGGCCGGCCCUGGCACAGGCAGAAGGCAUCUCUACCCCUCUCGCCGGUCACAGCCUGUCAGAAAGGGCCUCUCAGCAGAGCUGAGAGGAGGCAAUGGCUGGCUUGUAAUCUCCUGGGGCAGAAGGGGAUGGGAUCUCUGAGCCAGGCCCCACCCUGGUCCCAGGACUCAGUUGUCAUUUGCUCUAGGAUCAGGUCUCCUCUGGGACCAAAUUCCCCUUCUCUAAAAUUCCCACAGAGAAAUUUCCGAGCCCAAGCAGCUACCCCUGGAGGGCCACCAGAUCUGCAUGUAGACCCCGGGGGCACCAGUGGGCUAGUUCUCCAGACCUCCGACUCCUCCCUUCCAGGAGCCCCAGCUGGGGAGGUUUGGGGUGAAGAAGCCGUGGCCUCUAGGCUCUCGGCAGCCCCCAUCUUGCCCUUGCCACCUGAUGGCCACUUCCAGGGGUGUCCUUGCUGCCCCUCCCUGACCCCAGCACCUGCUGACGCUCCCAGGGACACUGCCUGCAGUGCUGCCGUGCCCCACCAGUAGCCAAAGUGCCUUUCAAACCAAACUGGCCCACACGAGUCUGGGUUCUCCCAGUGCCUACACCUCUGACGGCCAGCUUCCUACUCGCUUCCCCUUCAGGGCAUUUUCAUCCCCAAAGGGCCUCAUCGCUGCAGAGAGAGAAGCUGCUGCUUCAUGCCCAACCCUGCUUCCAAAGUCUGACCCUUCUAAGCUUGCUUGCUUGCUUCCUUCUGGCCACACGAGCCCCUGCCCUUAGUGGGGCUUGGAUCUUCGGUCCUCAGGCCACCAAACCCUCUCAGCUUGGCCCGUCGCUCUGUCUGUGCUGCCCCUCAGCCCCAUGGAGGAAGCCCCCCAACGCAGCUGCUCACCACAUACUCCAGCAGCCCACAGCAUUGGCAGCCCCUGGGAGCCUCUACUCCAGACCUCAGAAUCCAAAUCUUUGGGGUGGGACCCAGCAAGCUUUUCUAGCAGAUUCUCCAGAUAAUUCAACAGAGGUCUGUUAGUUUCAGAACCGUUGCUCUGACAGACUGCUCCUCAAAGGAAAGACAGUGUGGAGCAGGAGAGAAAUUUCUGGCCCUGACCAGACUGUGCAUAUCAAGUGUGAUGCGGGGAAGGGCUCUCUCCUGAGUGUCCCCGCCUAUAAAACAGGCUGGUUGGCUCAGAUGGUCUCAGAGCUCCCAUGCAGCUCAGCCAUUCUGAGCUUUAAGAAUGGACAGCAGGCCGCUGGGAUAGUGGACAAGAUGCUUUUUAUUCUUGAACCCUAGCUCCCGGCCCUAAGCCAAGGCCACCAGCCUUAAGGUCACACCAGCGAUCACCAGAACAUAAGCAGGUCAGGGCCAUCCCCCUGACUAGCCGAAGCACUGUCCUCUGCCCCACCGUCCCUCUUUGGCUCCUCACCAGUAGGGUGCAGCCCAGGUUUCCAGCCUCUCUGGCCUCAGCUCUCACGGGGGUGAAGUCCAUGUGCCCACACCUCAGCGCCAUCCAGUGGGUCCCCUGAAAAUCCACUAAGGAGUUACAUGAACUUGCCACCAUGGUGCGAGUGCUGGCUCUGACAGUGAACCCCGGUGUGCUUCUAGUAGGGUUCUGAUUUGAAGCAGGCAUUGGCUCUGAAGCUCCUGUGUGAACGGGCUGAUGGUGGAGGGAAGGCGGGGCUGUGAUGACCAUCUGGCAGCUGGAGGCCAGUGAUUGGCCCACCCCUCAGAUCAUCUCCCCUCAGCCUCACCCUGGACCCAGCAGCACCCGCUGACCUCCAGCGCCGAGUCCAGCCCCACAGUGCUUGCUGUCUUCAGAAGUAGCUGAUCAUGGGUUUUAUAAUUAAGGGCUGUUCUGCCCUCUCUGCACUUUCAUGGCCUUAAUAAAUAUGUGAAUCUUCAAAGCCUGAUGUACCAGUCAACUCCGCCUGGCCCACCCCUGGAGCCACUGAGCAGCUUCUUGCCUGGUGAAGAGGGGGCACUGGGCCUGGGAGAGCUGUUUGCUGUGGGGACCUUUCAGGACUUAGCAGAUCUGACAGUCCCUUGUUUCCCCAUGCUGAGGGCUUCACAGAUGCGAACACCCUAAUCCAAGACCCAGAGUGGGCCUGCCAGGGAUCAUCUCCCAAACGGAGAGCCACGCUAGCACAAAGGUACCAGCUGCAAGAAUCGCCUGCUAGAGGGAGUCAGGAGCCAUAGACCAGGGUCUGUAGGACUUUACCUCUGCCCCCUGCCGGGCAAUGUUGUACCUCUGUCUGUCCCCCACUCACAGGGGGUUAAGCCCCUAGCGAGGGAAGUGGGGGAGGCCCAAGACAUUAGCAACGUGUAAUUCAUGUGCUGCUGUCUUGGAUGCCACAGAUGGAGUUCUCGUCGGUACCUGCAAAUAUUCCCAUGGCACAGGCAGUGCAGGAAUUAGCCCUCCUCUGGCCUGGGUGCGCAGACCGCUGGUGUCAUUUGAUCACUGUAACUGCUUUAACCCCACCUCCUGUCCCAGAUGCCCAAAUUCCAGUCCUGGAAUUUUAGUCUCUAAGAGCAAGUACAUAAAUAUGUCACCUUCUAUUCAUCCUUGAAUUUUAUCUCUGGCCUAGCAAGCUCAGUGAGCUCGCGGUGUCAGA